AUGGAAGCGGAACAUGGUCAGUUGAAGCGACUCCGCCGAGCCACGGCAGCUUGCAGAUUCUGCCGCUUCCGGAAGAUCAAGUGCAACGCCGAGAAGCCGACGUGUAGCAACUGCAAGACCUACGGCAAGGAGUGCGUUUACGUCCAGCGGAAGCCCCGGUCAUCCACGGCCAGCACCAGACCACGGGCCACAACACCCAUUUCCGUCGGCUCGCCGUUGGCGGUAGAUGAGGACCAAGUCCAUCAGCAUGAUGUUAGCGCCAGCGGUAUUGACCGCCCCGCGCAAGCAUCUACGGAAGCCCGGCAAGUGGUGGCGCAGAGCCGGCCGGCCGGUUUCAGUCAAACCAGUCACUCUGUCGCCGCCACCACUAGCGGCAUCGACGGCCAGAACGGCUUCAUCAGAACUCCUCCGAACCCGGCCGGCCCCGGUCCCACUGCCGCAGCUGCAGCCGCCAUCGGAAGUUACAGCACCAGUUCCGGCCCCCUCCGGACCAACUACCAUGGCCCGACGAGCGCCCACUUCCAGGAGCCCGCCGGGACCCGCGGAGGAGGAGGAGGGGCUCCCGCCCGCAUAGUCCCACCCGAGCUGGUCGAGAAGGUGCUCAUGGCCGAGGCCGCGCACCAGCUCCAGAUGGAGGCGAUCAACUAUGACGCCGGCAAGCUCGACUUCGACGGCGUGGAGCCAGAGCUAGGACGACACUUGCUGUCGCUGCACUGGAACCGGCAGCACCACUCGUUCCUGCUGACCUACAGGCCUGCCUUCAUGCGGGACAUGGCCUGCGGCGGCAAGUACUUCUCCAAGCUGCUCCUCAACGCAAUCUACUACGGCGCGUCCAAGUUCAGCCCCAGGUUGGAGGUGCGGCGGGACAAAAACGAUGUGCGGACAGCCGGAUGGAGGUUCCGGCUGCGAGUCAAGGAGCUGCUGGGCGAGGCGCUCGACCGGCCCGAGAUCACCACGAUUCAGGCCCUUUUAAUCAUGACAAACUCUCUCUUCGCCCUAAGUGACGAGCGAAGCGCAGCCUGGCUGUACGCCGGCAUCGCAUUCCGAAUGAUAGUUGAUCUGGGCAUCCACGUCGACCGCCCCGUCGCCCCUAGCGGCUUCGUGAACGGCAACUACGGCCUCUCGGAAGAAGAUGUCGAGAUCCACCGGCGCGUCUUCUGGGGCGCCUUUGUUGUGGACAAAAUCCAAUCACUGUAUCAAGGUCGACCCCCGAGCCUGCAGGACCACCACACCCACGUCCCCGUGCUCUUCAACGACAAGUUCGAGGAGCUGGAGCACUGGAAGCCGUUUGCUUACAAUGACUACGCCGGGAACUACCCUGGAUCCCCGGCGUACAGCGUCAGUACCUUCAGCGAGCUGUGCAGGCUGUGCGUCAUCAUGAACAGGAUCAUCAACAAGGUGUACGCGGAGAAGAGCGCUAGGAAAGGCUCGGCGAAGCUGUGCGCGGCGAGGGAGACGCUAGGGAAGCAGCUGGAAGAGUGGCGCGAGGGUUUGCCCAAGCAUCUUGUCUACAGCUCCAUCAGCAAGGGGAAGAAGGCAGUGCCGCCUCCACAUGUCAUCUCGUUGCAGAAGGCAAUGUACAACGUCCUCCUCAUCCUCCUCAACCGACCCUUCGUGUCGGAGGGCCACCUUUACUCGGACUCCCCAGCGGUCGUGGCCGAGGCGUUCGCAGCCUGCGCAACAGCAGCUACACGCAUUGUCAACCUGCUGCGGGUCUACGACCACACUUUUUCCAUCAAGAGCGCGCCUUACCUCGUUAGCUACGCGACCUACGUCAGCGCCACCAUCCUCGUGCGCAUCGCCGCGCAGCGCAAGAACCCCCGCUCCGAUGCACACACCAACCUGCGGACCUGUCUCUCGGUGCUGGAGAAGAACCAGGAGACGAAUUGGGCGGUGCGGAAGGCGAGGAAGGUCAUCAUCGACCUUGCGGACCGGAUGAGUGUGAGCGUUGAGCUUAUAGGGAGAGAGACGUCCGUCGAGGCUGUUGCUGAAGCGGUUGGCGAAGGCUCUGGUUCUGUGCGUGCAGCGGGCGGCCCCUUGCAGUUUUCUAGCCCGCCACCGAUUCGGAACACACGCAGCACUGGGCUUUAUCGGACCUGGGACCGUGCCGACUCCUCCUCUCAGGAUGAUGGGUCGACAACCAUUCUGACGCACGAGGAGCCGGCCUCCAUGGAGCCGAGUGGGGAGCGCAACGGAUUACCGGACAUCGACCUGGACGCCAUCAUUCAGAGCUUCAUGCAGGACCAGCAGACCGAGCAAGGCGGCGGGGGAACUAGUAGCGGUACAGCCGGGACCACUUACAUGACUGAACGGGUGGUGAAUAUGUCACCGAACGGGCAGUUCUUCCAGGCCGGAGGAGGGGUAAGAGCCAUGCAACCGCACCGCCAGCAGCAGCAGCAGCAGCAGCAGCAGUCGUACAGUAAUGUGCCGAUGCCGUUCCUCAGGCACGAGCAGGGUGUGAACGGCUGGGCUACCGGGUCGCUGCUCACUGAUGAUUUGCUGCCGGAGGACGCUUUGUUUGGCUUCAAUAGAGCCGGAUGGGAUGACAACUGGUGGAAUAACUAG